AUGAGAGUGGAUUCUAAAGAAGAGAUAACCCAAAUAUGGCAGUACCCGAAUAUCAUACGGUUAUUAUUCAGUGUUCUCUGCGGGAUGGCAGUAUAUUCAUUAAUAGAGUAUCUAUGGGAGGCAUUUCAUCAAAGAUACCCUGGCAUACCCACUGCAAUAAAGACAGGCACUAAGGCAAAAAGUGCAGAAAAGGAAGAAGUGUCUAAUGAUAGCCU